AUGAGGCGUUGGUCACCGUGGCGGCGCGUGACGGCGGCGGCGGCACUCACCCACCGCUGGCAGCUUCUCACAGGCGGCGUCCCCGAGAGCCGCGGCAGAGCUGUUGGGCUGCACGACGCUGCGAAGUAUCAAAUUCCGCUCAGGCGUGCCUUGCACCUCGUCGAAAAGGGACGACGGAUGAGCGCAGUUGCCGCGGAGGGGGCAAAGAACGGGGAUGAGGCCGUCUGCAGCGACGGUGCGGAGGCGCUGCUUCACGAGGAUGCCGCACGCUACGCGGCCUACCACUGCCACCACAUGCUGACCUCAUUUCGUGUGGAGCGGCGGCGGUGGACAGAGUCAAACGCGCUGUCCUUUGACGACCUCUCACGCGUGAUGGAGUACGUGUUCUUUGCCGCCCUCCUGCUGCACCUCACCGCCCUCUUUGAGACGGCGGACAAGUAUUGCGAGGCGCUGAUUGACGUUGCCGUGUCCUGCACAAUAUUUCUCUCAAAGGGCGCCGACCGACUAAACCGUACCGAUGUGCUUCUUCGUGGACGUGCGGGGGCGAAGGCGGGGUCCGCGCCCAACCGGGCGAGCGCAGAGGCGAGAGUCGACCCAUGGAACUCUCUACACUGGGCAGUGCUUCACUUUACAAGCGGUAUCUGCGGCUGGGGGCUUCUGGACCACACAGAGCCCUUGUUUGACAUGCAGCGUACCAUGAAGCCAUACGCUGCGAUGCUGCGAACAUUUGCCAGAGUCACCCGUGAGUGUCUUGCAGGGGCGCAUCUGUCGGCAGCAGAUCUAACCUUCUUGUCGUGCCUGGCCACAACAGAAGGGGCCGCAAAGUGGCUCGGCGCCGCAGCCGACCCUGCGUCCUCCCCUGCGAAUACCGCCACUUCUGCUGAGAAGCAUCCUGUGGAAGAAGCGCUGCAAUUUUCCCAGCAGCGCCGCUUGCAGCUUUUGCCACUUGUAUGGAUGGCUUUACUGAGUCGCCACUCUGCCCUAGUUGGGACGCCGCACAGUUUCCACCCUGCGCGGCAUGCCCUGCUACAUGUGCUGCCACUUUUUCAAAAAGAGGCGGAGGCGGACGCGGCGCUGAGGCUCAGUAUGCAGUGCUCUUUCUUUCCAUCAUCGUCCCUAAAGGCGAGCUCCGUGGAGAUGGGUGUCGUGCUCGCUCAACUGGAGCGCCACGGGGUGUUCUCCUCGCCGGGGUGCAUGAACGGCGAGAUACUGCACGCGUGGAUGUGCACGCAGGCCCCGGAGGAAUCGGCACCAACUGUGAAGACUGCCCGUGGGGCGUACAUGGCGUUUCGUAGCAUUCCACUUUGCGCGCUUCAGGUGGUGGGGGCAGCAUACACCGCCACAAGCGACGGUGAGGCCUUUGUGCAUGAACUCCUCUUUCGUGCCUUGACGCAGUGGCCAUUUUACCUCUCAGAGAGGACAAUGCCUGAGUGGGAGAUUGAGCAGCUUGUGCUCUCCGCGCAGCACGUGACCUCAUUGUUUGAGGCCAUAAAGCAGCGUGAGAGGGAUCAGCGGAGAGCGGGGGCCGCCGUAGUUGUUGUCGAGGCGACGCUUCGCGCCUUCGCCGUGCGCGUGGCAGUCAUUUGCACGAACGGCACCUCGGUGAAGGGCACGACGCUGCCCAAGCUAGCGGAGUUUGAUCGCCUCCUCAACCGUGUGCUGCGGGGAGGGGUGGGGGGACAUAUGGGGGGCUGUGUGCCUGAAGUGUACGAUAAAAACCGGCACCUGUGGCUUUGCGGCACGCAGCGGGGCGGGUCCUGCGGGACGGCAUGA